ACAUACCUUCCCAUCAUCCUCCUCUUCCGGUGCCCCAGUUUGGCGGGGUCAUUAUUUUGUCAAAUAUGCAGUAAAACAGCGUCGAUUUUCGCCAUUUCUGUGCCCUACAGGGUGACAAAAAUGGAUUUUAACAAGUUUUUACAACCUCCUGGUCUAAAUCUGACCGACUCUGAAGACGAUUUCGAGCAGGUUUCUCCUGCACACAGAGAGCUGACAGAAAGGCUGCGGAAGACUUUGUACCAUGGAAGUCUCACAGAUGAGGAGCUGAAAAGGCCGUCAGCGGUCGCCACAGACAUAGCAGUGGAGUUAUUACAAAAAGCUGCACCUUCACCAAAGAACAGACUGAGGGAGAAGUAUGCAGCAUCUGUUGUCAAUGGUGUGUCCAUCUCGCCUUGUACCCUGAUGUUGGGAAUGUGGUACGUGGAGAGAUUAAAACACAGGAACCCUGAAUACCUGCAGACAGUGUCCUCAUCUGACCUCUUCUUGGUCUCCAUGAUGGUAGCCUCUAAGUACCUGUAUGAUGAGGGAGAAGACGAAGAGGUGUUUAAUGAUGAAUGGGCUGAAGCAGGCAAACGUGAUGUGGAGGAGGUCAACACACUGGAGGCCAGCUUCCUUGUUGCCAUGGACUGGCAGUUGUUCACCCGUUCUGAGGAGUUCCUGCUGUAUGUGAACCUGCUGGAGGCGAGGAUAGCAGUGACGGAAGGGAGGCGGCGAGGAUGGUUCUCCUAUACAGACAUGUGGGCGCUAUGGCAACAGGCGUGGCUCUGGGACAACAUGGCCGUCACUGCCCAGUGGAUGAUGGAGGUGAUGUGCCUGUGCAUCGUGGCCUACAGCGCCUGUAUCGCAGCUCUGGUCGGCACCAGCGCCGUGGCCCACCAGGCUUCGCAGCUGUCCUCAAGCCUCAUCACAGCCCCUGCUACCUCCCCAGCCACCCAGGAGGCAGCCUGGCUCAAACCGGUGGGAACCGGCUCAAACCAGCUGGAACCGGAGGAGGCUCUCUGUGAGGAGAUGAUGACGGAAGAAGAGGUGUCCAGCAUCCUGGUGACCAUUCCCCGCAUCCGGGAUUCCGUCCUGGAAUUCUCGAGUGCCGUUCUCAAUGGUGUUGACGGGAACGCGGCCAACGACAGGACAUUCCGGUCAGGACCGGUUGAGACUAGUUUGGUGGUAGUCGGAACCGACACAGGCCAGUCAGAACUGGUUAGAGGUAACCAGCUCUGGGACAGGCCGUACGGAGGGACCAGUGGGAAUCUGGCCUUUGACCUCUUUGGUUACCAUGUCAACCACACGAGAUACCUGCUCUCUCAGGUGAAGAGGAUACGCACAGGUGACGGACAGAAGAAUCCGACCAAGGUGUUCCACAGACAUGAUGAUGCGUGUAAAGACGACAAGUGCAUCUCCAGAAAGUACCUCCUUGUCCCGUCCUACCACGACAUUGUGGUGGGAUGUAGUACACAAUCGUUCCCUCAGCCUGUCCUAACGGCAUGAAGGCUGGAGGUGGUUUUCUGGGGCCAGUCAAUUUUACAAGGAUCUUAGUACAAAGGCUUAAGUCUUAGUACAAAAUGUAUGUUGAUAAAGGUUAGACAUCCAGGUAAUAAGAUAUGCCAACAAGCAGUUACUCAGGCAACUGGGUAUCUAAAAUCAUGCUUAGUAAUUGCUUUGUGGCAUAAGUCUGAGUGUGUACUGGGCAAACCUGGAGUUUUUAAUAUGUUUUACAGAAAAAAAAGCAAAAGAAAACAAAAAAAAAGACAUUGGGAAAGAAGCUUCCUUACAUUUUUAUAGGAAGUCAGGCUUACCUACAUUUUUAUUGAAGAGCGGCUAGGAUUUUCCUGCGGGCUUUUAUGGGAAAGAAAGGAAGCAACAAAAAUGGGAAGGGGCUUCCUUUCAUUUUUUUGGGAACACUCCAUACUAUUUCCUUCUUCUGGUAUUGCUCUGUUUGUUUGUUUUCGUGGUCAGUCUUACUGUAGUUCUUGCAGUGGCAGGGGAUUAGGUGCCAAUGUACAGAUGUAAUUAUGAAUAAUGGCUGUAAUUCAGCAUAAAUGUAAUUUUUUUAUACUCUUUAACUAUCAUACCAAGUGUUCUUAAAUAGGUUAGUAUGGGUAUCAGUGCAAGAGAUUAUUUCCAAAGUCUUUGGAGAUGUUGUUUUGUGAUAAACUACUCCAGGACAAAUUGAAAUGUACAAUUUUGUACAUAGAAUCUGUAAUAAAUAGUGAAUUUUUACAUGGUAGUGGGAUGGAUGUUUUACAUGGUAGUGGGAUGGUGUUGUGUUUGAGUCAAACUCUGUGACAUUGUUUGUCAGUGUUAGAACCUCAUUAACCUCAUGUGUUAGGAAAAGUGUUCAUGCAAUACCUUUUGUUGUUGUUGUCCUCAUUUUACGUCUAUUAUUAAUAUGCUAUACGUGGUCUCUUGAAAUACACUGUUUAAUGGAUGGACUAUUGGCACUUAGUGAAUGGAGCUGGAUUUUGAGAUUAAGUUUUAAGCCAUACAAAUUUUGAUACCUUGUUUUACGACUUUUUUAUUGAAGGGCUGUCUCCAGCUUUACGUUUUUACCUACCACUCAUUAUUCAGGAGCCCAUGUUGUUGACGUUUAUGGUUAAAUCUAAUAUGUCAGCUGGCAAAAGAAUGUUUUCAUCAAUUUUAUGCCAUGAACUUCAGAUUUUUUGGAUCGACAGAAUGAAAUUUUUGUCCAUCCCAACAAGCAAAUUUCUGUCUUUGGAUGAAGGGAUGGGUCCUGGAGACAGCCAUGCUUUUAUCAAUUAUUUAUGUUUACACAAAGUCUGAAAUUGCUGGGUAUAAUGGCUCUCCAUGAAGACUUUUUUUGUAUUUUCCUUGAUAAAUGUUGAAACAAUGUAUUAAACUUGUGUGCCUAAGACUUCUGUUAUCCUAUCGACAAGGUGUUUGGAAGGGUAAGACUUAGUAAAGAAUCUGACAAGGUCUUUUUCAUACAACAAGUUUGUAAAAUCCUGUUAUGCAGUAGAAGAUGUGAAAAUAUUGUUAAUAUUUCAAUAUUGCUCCUUUCAGAGUAAGCUACUUUUAUGAAUGUAAUGACCAUUACUGGUAUGGCAUUUAGCAUGACUAUUUAUACAUUUAUCAAAAACUUAUUUAUUACAACUUAAGUUUUAAAUCACAUUGUAGAAGUCAUUUGACAGUGUUAAUAGCAUAUUUGGCUAACAUUUUAUAUUGUCUUAAACAUGUAUUACUGUUAACUUUGCAGGGUUCUAGCCAGGAUUUUAGUGUAGUGUAAUGAUGAGGUUUCAAAGCAACCAACCAAAUGGAGGGAUUGUGUGUAAGGGAGUCUUCAUUCUGUGAAGAUAUUGAAAUUAUAACUUAGGUAAAAGUUGGCAUUCUGAAGGUACACAUGGGUCUGACAUUAUUGCACAACUUAAUACUGUACCAUUAGGCUUGUUGAAAAUAAGCGUAACGGUCCUAAAUUUAGCAUGACGGUUGCAAAUAAUAUCGGGAUGGCCUGGUAGGUAGCGGGAACCCUGCUGUGUGCCAUAGAUGCUCUUUUAGGGAAACAUUUGAACUGUAUUUUCAUGUGAAAUUUUGUACCAUCAAGGACAAUGUGUUUGUCAUUAUUAAAACUAUGACGCCUUUGAUUUUA